UUAUCGACUAAAUUUCUUAUUUACGGUAGAUCCGUACCGAGUCUCUGAAAAAUUCUAGUAUCGCUAAAUUACUGAAAAAUAUAUUCACUUUAAAGUUAUUCCGAGGUAUGGCAUCCGAACCGAAGAAGAAAAUCGUCGAUAAGAAGAAAAAAAUAGCCACCCACAAAAAGCUCGAGAAAGAAAAGAAGAAGGACACUGAGAAGGAGAAAUUAGAUUUGAAAGAAACAUCGUCGGAAAAGAAACAAAUAGAACCACCGCCAGUUAAAUCACCUCCUUCUAACAUAAUCGAUGGACGAGUAUUCGAAGCGGAUCGUGAACUAGCUCUGAGCCAAGAAGAAGAAGAGGCAAUGGUGAAAUUUAAAGAAGAUUUAGAAAAAUAUCACCGAAUUUCUAAACAAGAACGCGAACAGACUUUGAAAGAAGAAAAGAAACAAUUAAUCGAGCAAGAAAAAUCGCCAAAGAUGAAGUAUUACGACGGUUCAAAGGCCGAUCGCAUUAAACAAGUCGACUUGGAAAUCGAAAUAUUAGAACAAAUGGAGAAACUCGCUACUUCCAAAGAAAACGACGAUUAGUUCUACCCAACUGGCGUAAUUUUUGAAAAUUUUCCAAAACUCUCGGUACCUACUUUAUCUUACAUUAUUGAUGUUGUCGACACAAUGAGUGUAAAUUUUCCAUUAAUUACUUUCGACUAAUAAAAUUCUAAUCAUCGUGUGUUUGCAUGAUGGGUAUUUCCCUUCUCGAAA